CUCUUUUCGACAGCAGGCGAGCGAGCGAGAGGCAGCGAUGAAGGCUUCGGGCACCCUCAAGGAGUACAAGGUGAUUGGGCGCCGUUUGCCCUCCACCAAGGAUUGCUGUCCUCCUUUGUAUCGAAUGCGCAUCUUUGCUCCCAACCAAAUUGUUGCCAAGUCUAGAUUUUGGUACUUCAUUUCGCUGAUGAAGAAGUUGAAAAAAUCUGCUGGUGAAAUUGUAUAUUGUGGCCAGGUUUAUGAGAAAACACCAGAAAAGGUGAAGAACUUUGGAAUUUGGCUGCGCUAUGACUCUCGCAGUGGAACCCACAACAUGUACAGGGAGUACAGGGACUUGACCACUGCUGGUGCUGUCACUCUGUGCUACCGUGAUAUGGGGGCUCGCCAUCGCGCUCGUGCCCACUCUAUUCAGAUCAUGAAGGUGGAAGAGAUCCCAUCGAGCAAGUGUCGUAGACCUGCUGUCAAGCAGUUCCAUGAUUCCAGGAUCAAAUUCCCUCUGCCACACAGAAUCUUGAGACGCCAGCAUAAGCCACGCUUCACCACCAAGAGACCAAACACUUUCUUCUAAAGUAUAUUUGUACUUUUGGGACUUUGCGGAAAUAAAAGUCCAACUGAUGAUUCUC